GCUUAAUUAUUUUUCCCCCGAGUUAAGUUAAGUCACCUGGAACGGGGUUUACCUAAACCGUGGGGCCCACUUGCGUAUUUCUCGUGCAAAAUACUCGUUUUGUGCGUUUCGUUCGCCAUCACAGGGAGUUGCAAUACCGACUUGAAUUUGUGUUUGAAGAGAAUGGAUCGUUUGCUUCGUUUGGGUGGCGGAAUGCCGGGCUUGUCUCAGGCGCCCCCACCGUCCGACGCCCCCGUGGUGGACACGGCCGAGCAAGUGUACAUCUCGUCUUUGGCCCUUUUGAAGAUGUUGAAACAUGGGAGGGCUGGGGUACCCAUGGAAGUCAUGGGUUUGAUGUUGGGCGAAUUCGUCGACGACUACACCGUGAGGGUCAUUGACGUGUUUGCGAUGCCCCAAACCGGGACUGGGGUCAGUGUCGAGGCCGUAGACCCCGUUUUCCAGGCCAAAAUGUUGGACAUGUUGCGACAGACAGGCCGCCCGGAAAUGGUAGUCGGAUGGUACCACUCCCAUCCCGGAUUCGGGUGCUGGUUAUCAGGGGUGGAUAUCAACACCCAGCAGUCGUUUGAAGCCCUAAGUGAGCGCGCGGUGGCCGUAGUCGUGGACCCCAUUCAAUCCGUCAAGGGGAAAGUCGUCAUCGAUGCUUUUAGGUUAAUUAACCCUAAUAUGAUGGUCUUGGGGCAGGAGCCCCGCCAGACAACGUCGAAUUUGGGGCACUUGCAGAAACCCUCAGUGCAAGCCCUCAUCCACGGACUUAACAGACACUACUACUCUAUUAGUAUUAACUACCGAAAGAAUGAAUUAGAACAAAAAAUGUUACUCAAUCUGCAUAAAAAAUCAUGGAUGGAUGGCUUAAUUCUUGCAGAUUAUAAAAAUAAUUGCGGAAUUAAUGAAAAAACCGUCGCUGAUGUUUUAGAACUCGCCAAAAAUUAUAACAAAGCUUUGGAAGAGGAAGAAAAAAUGACUCCAGAGCAAUUAGCGAUUAAAAAUGUUGGGAAACAAGACCCGAAACGCCACCUUGAGGAAAAAGUCGAUUUGCUCAUGACUAAUAAUAUUGUACAGUGUUUGGGGGCGAUGUUGGACACAGUUGCGUUCAAAUGAUUUUUUUCUUGUGUUUUAUAACUUAUUUUAAAUCAACUGGAUUCAUUUUUUCUAAAUAAACAAUUUACAACUUUA